AACUCUCUUGACGGCGGAACGCUCUUUGUCAAUGGGCGGAGCAGGAUCCCGUGAGCACGUCGUCACACGCAUUUCCGGGAAAUGAGAAUUGUUUUAGCCUGCUGCUGACGUCCGGUUCUGCUCGCCUGCCGCUGCCCAUCAACAUGAGCGCCGCGCAGAAGACGCGCGUCGUCCCCGCUCAGCCUGCUUGUUGUUCACCCAACUCUCUCCCCUGACUCCUCCAGUCGAGAUGUACGAGGAGAAGGCCGCCGGGCCGCCGGAGGAGCGCGGCUUCCGGGAGGAGUGGUCGCUGUUUGUGUGGACCUCCCUGGCGGUGGCGGUGCCGGUGAUCGUCACUCUCUGGUGCAGCGUGCGGCGCUCCAAGCGGAGGAGCCACAUGACGGAGUUCUUCCGCCAGAGCCGCCACGGCUGGCACUGCACGGAUCUGUUCAACAAGCCCACCUACUGCUGCGUGUGCUCCCAGCACAUCCUCCGCGGCGCCUUCUGCGACUGCUGCGGCGUGUGCGCCGACGAGCGCUGCCUGCGCCGGGCGGACCGGGAGCUUCAGUGCAAGGAGAUCAUGGCUCCUUCCCGGGAGGACGGCGGAGCGGAGCACCGCUGGGUGCGGGGCAACGUGCCGCUGGCCAGCUACUGUGCGGCGUGCAAGCAACAGUGUGGCACGCAGCCGAAGCUCUGCGACUUCAGGUGUGUGUGGUGUCAGACCACAGUACAUGACGAGUGCAUGGGCAGCCUAGCGGAUACGUUCGAGUGUAACCUGGGCGAGUUUCGCAACCUCAUCAUCCCUCCGCACUAUCUCUACCAAGUCAACAAGCUCCGCCGCGGACACCCUGAUGAGUACACAAAGCUGGCGUCCUCGUGUGACAGCACUUGGACUCCUGUAUUGGUCUUGGCCAACAGGCGCAGUGGAAACAACAUGGGGGAGGCUCUCCUGGGGGAAUUUCGCAUCCUCCUCAACCCUGUGCAGGUGUUUGACCUGUCGCAGCUUUCACCCUCCAAGGCCCUGCAGCUGUGCACCCUUUUGCCCCCUGGGUGUGUGAGGGUGCUGGUGUGUGGAGGGGACGGCACUGUGGGAUGGGUGCUGGAUUCCAUUGACACAAUGAGACUGAAGGGUCAAGACCAAUUUAUCCCAAGGGUGACUAUCCUCCCACUGGGUACAGGAAAUGACCUCUCCAAUACUUUGGGCUGGGGGUCGGGGUAUGCUGGAGAGAUCCCCGUGGAACAGGUUCUUCGCAACAUCUUGGAUGCAGAGGUGGUGAAAAUGGACAGAUGGAAAGUGCAGGUCUUCAAAGGCCUCUCUAUUCGCAAACCGAAGGUUUUGGCAAUGAACAACUACUUCUCUGUGGGUCCUGAUGCUCUGAUGGCGCUGAAUUUCCACACACAUCGUGAGAAAACACAACAAGGUAAGGGCAGCUUCCAUUGAUCAAGAACUCCAUUGAAUAUGUCUGUAAAACAUGCGGUGUAUUUCCUGUAUGGCACCAAAGAUUGUUUAGUGCAGGAAUGCAAAGACCUGGAUAAGAAGAUUCAGCUGGAGCUUGAUGGCGAGAGGGUGGCGCUGCCCAGCCUGGAGGGCAUCAUUGUUUGCAACAUUGGCUACUGGGGGGGCGGCUGCAGACUCUGGGAGGGAGUGGGAGAUGAACCCUGCCCUCCCACACGGUUGGACGACGGUCUGCUGGAGGUGGUGGGAGUGUUUGGUUCCUUCCACUGUGCUCAGAUCCAAGUCAAGAUGGCGAACCCAGUACGACUGGGACAGGCUCACACAGUCAGGCUGGUUCUGAAGAGCUCCACCAUGCCCAUGCAGGUGGACGGGGAGCCGUGGGCGCAGGGCCCGUGCACCGUCACCAUCACCCACAAGACGCAGUGCCUCAUGUUGUACCACAGCGCCGAGCAGACGGACGACGACGACGACGACUCCUCCACCAGCGCCUCGGAGCCCGAGAGCCCCGCCCCUAACGACUCGCCCGGGCCGCCGUGCGUGAGUCAUCCCUGAUUGUUUUAUUAUUAUCACCUCCCCCGUUGCUACGGUAACCACUACAAUACACGUCCACGUCACCAGAAGAAUGUCGGCUUAGCGCUGAGGCGAAGCAAUUUAGGACCAAUUCAGACCGAAAGCACUUCAACGGAUGGAAAACUUGUGACCUUAUGUCAUCAGUCAGCCUCUCGAGUUCAACUUGGAGGUGAGAAGACAGGGCUUCGUAUUGUUGACGACACAUUUCAACGCAAUUCAACUGCCAUUUUAUGUGCGCACAUGCCGCCGACGCCUCACAAAAAGAAGUCUCUCCAAAAUAAGACUGCUUGCACGCAUUACCAUGUGACAGUAUUUAGUCAUGUGACACCUGUAUGAGACACUGUAUCGAGCGGACUAACUUACCUCCAUGUUGUGUGCGGGAAACCACUAAGUAAAGUUGCUUAAUUAGUUGUUUUUUUUUGCACACCAAAAAAAUCAGUAUGUUUCGUUUUUGGCUGACAUUUCAGAAUGAAGCGGAAAUAACCUUUCAACUUCAUUUGACCUUCAAUAAACUUUUGAAUGUUUUACACAUUUGUACUAGGGAUGUCCGAUAAUGGCUUUUUGCCGAUAUCCGAUAUUGUCCAACUCUAUAAUUACCGAUACCGAUAUCAACCGAUAUAUGCAGUUGUGGAAUUAACACAUUAUUAUGCCUAAUUUAGACAACCAUGUAUGGUGAAGAUAAGGUACUUUUAAAAAAAUAAAAAAAAAAUAAGAUAACUAAAUUAAAAACAUUUUCUUGAAUAAAAAAGAAAGUAAAACAAUAUAAAAACAGUUACAUAGAAACUAGUAAUUAAUGAAAAUGAGUAACAUUAACUGUUAAAGGUUAGUACUAUUAGUGGAGCAGCAGCACGCACAAUCAUGUGUGCUUACGGACUGUAUCCCUUGCAGACUGUAUUGAUAUAUAUUGAUAUAUAAUGUAGGAACCAGAAUAUUGAUAACAGAAAGAAAUGGGGGGAGGGAGGUUUUUUGGGUUGGUGCACUAAUUGUAAGUGUAUCUUGUGUUUUUUAUGUUGAUUUAAUAAAAAAAUAAAAAACAAUUGUUUUUUUUUUUAAACUAUACAGAUAAUAAAAAAACGAUACCGAUAAUUUCCGAUAUUACAUUUUAACGCCGAUAUUAUCUGACAUCCCUAAUUUGUACACAACUUGCUGUCAAAUGAAGUUCACCUGUGUAGGUUAAAGGGGAUCUCUGAUGAUUCUAAUCUUCAUGUAAAACACUUCCUUCAGGGCUAGAUAAUACAGUCGUGGUCAAAAGUUGACAUACACUUGUAAAGAACAUAAUGUCAUGGCUGUCUUGAGUUUCCAAUACUUUCUACAACUCUUAUUUUUUGUGUGAUAAAGUGAUUGGAGCACAUACUUGUUGGUCACAAAAAACAUUUGUGAAGUUUGGUUCUUUUUAUGAAUUUAUUAUGAGUCUACUGAAAAUGUGAGCAAAUCUGCUGGGUCAAAAGUAUACAUACAGCAAUGUUAAUAUUUGCUUACAUGUCCCUUGGCAAGUUUCAUUGCAAUAAGGCGCUUUUGGUAGCCAUCCACAAGCUUCUGGCGAGCUUCUGGUUGAAUUUUUGACCACUCCUUUUGACAAAAUUGGUGCAGUACAGCUAAAUUUGUUGGUUUUCUGACAUGGACUUGUUUCUUCAGCAUUGUCCACACUUUAGGAAGGCCAUUCUAAAACCUUCAUUCUAGCCUGAUUUAGCCAUUCCUUUACCACUUUUGACGUGUGUUUGGGGUCAUUUUCCUGUUGGAACACCCAACUGCGCCCAAGACCCAACCUCCGGGCUGAUGAUUUUAGGUUGUCCUGAAGAAUUUGGAGGUAAUCCUCCUUUUUCAUUGUCCCAUUUACUCUCUGUAAAGCACCAGUUCCAUUGGCAGCAAAACAGACCCAGAGCAUAAUACUACCACCACCA